AUGGACGCCGACGCGAUUGCCCAGAAGCGCGCGGCGCGCGCGGCGAAAAAAGCGCAGGCAGGCGCGGCGGGCACGCCUGUUCCGCCGGCAGACCAUCUGAUUCGGAAGCGCGAGUGGGUGCCGGUGCGCGAUGCGCCGGACGGCGGGCGCCGCGUACGUGUCGUGAGCUGGAAUAUGCUGGCACAGUGCCUCGUCCGCCGCGAGCUCUUUCCGGGCAGCGACUGCCUCAAGAACAAGGACCGCUUCCCCGGCCUGGCCGCGGAGCUGCGCGCGUACGACUGGGACAUUGGGUGCUUCCAGGAAGUCGACUGCAUCAAGGAACAUGCCGAUACCCUCGGCAAGGCCGGCUACGCGUACCACUACGAGCGCGGCUACGAUAACAAGCUGCACGGCCUGAUGAUUGCAUGGCGCUGCAGCGGCGACCGACCGUCGUUUACGUACCCUGUGUACAAGCGCGUCGUGUACUACGACGACGCACGCCCGCUCGAGAUUGCGGCACGCGCGCGGGGCGCGCCGCUCGACGAGCGUGGCGUGCCGCAGGCGGACGUGUACUUUGCACCGGACUCGGCGGUCGGCGCGGAGGGUGCGCCGCACUCUGCGACGGCCGUCUCGCGCCUGACGCGCAACAUUGCCUGCAUCGUCGCGCUGCCGUUUGCCGAAGGCGACGGUGGCGUGAUUGUCGCGACGACGCACCUGUUCUGGCAUCCCAAGUACGCGUACGAGCGCGUGCGCCAGGCGGCGAUCCUCAUGCAGGAGCUCGAGGCGUUCCGCAGCGACCCCGAGCACGCGGACGUUGCGUCGUGGCCGGCGAUCCUCGCGGGCGACCUGAACGACCAGCCGCACUCGCCGACGUACACGCUGCUCACCGGCCAGGGGCGCACGUACGUCGACGAGCUCGCGCAGGCCUUGGGCGAGUCGCGCAUCGUGCACACGUCCGUUGACGAGGUGCGUGGCAUGCGCAGCGCCAACUAUGCGGUGACUGUAACAGAGGCCGGCGACGAGGACCGCGUCCUGGGCCGCUACCGCCCGCCGGCCAAGAGCGAGCUGCUGACCCUCGAGCAGAUUCUGCGCAUGUACGAGCUGCCCGCCGCGGACGGCGUCGGGGCGAUGCAGAGCGUAUACGCCGCCGCGCACCCCCGGCUCGUCACGGACGAGUCCAAGACAUUCUUUUCGCGACGCGGCACGCGCUCGGAACGCUACGAUAUCGAGAAAAUGCCGGUGCCGACCGACCCCCGCCAGCUGCAGAGCGCCGAGCCGAUGUGGACGAUGUACUCGUCGCUCUUUCACCUCACGCUCGACUAUAUCCUCCUUGCACCGAUGCGCAACACACGCAACGACUACCCGCCGAUCACGGCGCUCCUGCGCCUGCACCCCGAGGACACGUUGCAGCCGGGCGUGCCGCGCAAGGGCGUCUGCAGCUCGGAUCAUGUGAUGCUCGGCGUGGAGCUCGUGCUGUAG